UGUGAAAGAGGGCAUUUUGGAGAAUGGAUACACCGAAAGUGAAGCCCAGUGAGACUGGCCGACCAAGAGUGUUGUACAGAUAAGUUUACCCAAACCUAGCUAACACACAAGCUCAUAGUCCUUCUCCUAACCUUAGCUGCCUCUACAUAUAUCUUUUUCAGUCUUUUCUCUCUGUUUCCCAUUUUUUUCUUUUCAAAAAAGUCUUUUCUCUCUGUUACUUUGUAAUUUGAAGUUGUAAACCCCCACCAAUUUAAUUUUCUUUCUAAAUUUUUCCAAGUCUCCGAAAAUUCUCUCUCAGAGGAUAAUUCUCAAGGAGAAUGGCCUCAUUGAGAAACUGUUUGACCUCAUCAUCAUCAUCACAAUCUUCACUUCAAGAACAACAACAGAUCCAAAAUUCUUCUAAUCAGAUGCAAACAGGUUUUGAUCAUCCAACUAAUCACGAUGAUUUUCUUGAUCAAAUGCUUUGCAACCUUCCUUCUUGGUCUGAACUUAAAUCUCCAUGGGAGCUCAAUACUAGUAAUUCUUCCCAAAACCCACCUAAACUCUUUAAUAUACCAAUAGGUGGUGGAAAGUCAGAAAAUCAUUCACAAGAAAAUGAUAAUCUUCAUUAUCCUUCUUGUGAUGAUUCAACUGUAUUAGCUUCAAGAUUACGUCAACAUCAUAUUGGUAAUACUUCACCUAAGUCCAUUGUUCAUCUCCAACAACAAUUACUACUUGCUGGUGGUGCUAAUGGUGGUGGUGGUAUGUCGAGAUCUCCGUCUACUGGUUCUGCUAUGGGUGGAGGUGGUGAUCCUGCUCUUUUUCCAUUACCUUUAACUCUCGGGAGCAAUGGUGGUGGUGGUGAAUCUUCUGAUGAUGCUCCUUUCAAAUCUUCCAAUUCUGCUGGGGGAGGCGAGGGUUCAGUUCAAGCACUCUUUAAUGGAAUUGCAGGAGGAAUUUCACGAUCAGGAAGUCAACAGCAUUUUCAGAGUGGUUCAAUUUCGACACCAAAUUUCGGAGGAACACAAGCAACAGGAAUAAAUCAAGCUCCAUCGGCAGGUGGGUCUGUUUCCGGUGGUGGAGUUACAGCUCCGGCUAGACAAAAAGUUAGAGCACGAAGAGGGCAAGCAACAGAUCCUCACAGUAUUGCUGAAAGAUUGCGGAGGGAGAGAAUCGCAGAAAGAAUGAAAGCUCUGCAGGAAUUGGUACCCAAUGCCAAUAAGACAGACAAAGCUUCAAUGCUGGAUGAAAUCAUCGACUAUGUGAAAUUCUUGCAACUUCAAGUCAAGGUUCUGAGCAUGAGCAGAUUGGGUGGUGCUUCUGCUGUUGCGCCUCCUGCGGCUGACAUUUCCUCUGAGGGUGAUCAAGGAAGGAGCAGUAAUGGAGCACAAAAUGCAUCAAAUGAUAGUUUAUCGGUGACGGAACAUCAAGUUGCCAAAUUAAUGGAAGAAGACAUGGGUUCAGCAAUGCAAUACUUGCAAGGAAAGGGUCUUUGUUUGAUGCCCAUAUCAUUAGCUACUGCGAUUUCUACCGCAACUGCUCACUCUAGACAUACGACUACCAAUAACCCGCUUUUGACAUCCAAUGUUGACGGUCCUUUGUCGCCGAACUUGUCAGCAUUGACAGUACAGUCAGCCACUUUGGGUCCUGGAGGAUUAUUACCUGGAGGUGAGGCUGGAAAAGAUGUAUCUUCAGUUUCUAAACCAUGAAAGAUGACAAUUUAAAGUGGAGGUGGUAGUCAAUGUUGAUUGACUGGUAUAUCAAGUGUCAAGUCUAUAGAAAUAAGGUGGUCUGUCUCUGUUUUCUUAACAAGUGUUAUGACUCCGGAUUUACAUAGACUUGCUUGGCAACUCAAAAGCUAAUUUAACUUUCAAUUUCUAUCUUCUA